AUUGUAGAGGUGAGACAACACUGUCCGUGUUUGAGGGCGACAUCAGAGAUGCCCAUUUUGUGAGAAAAGCCUUACAUGGUGCUUCAACGGUGUUCCACAUUGCAUCCAUCAUUGAUGUUACUGGGUCGGUGGAGUACAAUGAGCUUUAUGGAGUCAAUGUCAAAGGAACUCAGCUGCUUUUGGAAGCAUGUAUCCAAGAGAAUGUGGUCUCCUUCAUCUACACCAGCACGGUGGAAGUGAUGGGACCAAACCCCAGAGGAGAUUCGAUAAUAAACGGCAAUGAGGACAUGAUUUAUGACAGCACUCUCAAGUUCRGCUACAGCCAAACCAAAAAAGAGGCUGAGGACAGAACCCUUCGGGCAAAUGGUGAGGUGCUACAGAACGGAGGCCGUCUUGCCACGUGUGCACUCAGACCCACGUACAUCUACGGGGAUGGGUGUCGCUUCCUGCUGGGUCACAUGAGAGACGGGAUACAAAACAAGGAUGUUCUGUAUCGUAUGUCUGAACGAGAGGCUCACGUUAACCCUGUCUAUGUUGGAAAUGUGGCCUUUGGUCAUCUGCAGGCAGCUCGAAGCCUGAAAGAUCCACGGAAAAGGAGAAUCAUCGGAGGGAAAGUUUAUUUUCUUUCAGAUGACACGCCACCUGUGAGUUAUUCYGAUUUCAACCACGUUAUGAUGUCUCCUCUGGGCUUCAGCAUUCAGGACAAGCUCCCACUGCCACUGCGCUUCUUCUACGUGUUGUGUUUCUUUUUGGAGACACUUUGCAUGAUGCUUCGACCUUUCAUACGCAUUGUCCCGCCUGUCAGCCGACAGCUGCUCACCUUGUUAAACACAAAAUUCACUUUCUCCUAUCAGAAGGCCAAGAAGGACCUAGGAUAUGAACCCCGAUACAGCUGGGACGAAGCACGCAAACGAACCACUGAAUGGCUCGCAUCACAGCUGCCRCUAGAGAGAGAAAAGCUUAGGUCCAAAUGAUUCACUCUGUUUUUAAAUACUGUAUUAAAAGAAAAAAAGAUGCAGACUGCACAAAAAAAUGUUCCUGCACAUGGUCAUGAAAUGAAACACCACAUGAAAGAAGUUCAAACACAUUCUGUUUAUGCUUAAUUAUUCACUUUGAAGUGAUGGCUAACUUCAGAUAAGUUACAUUUUGUCAUUUAGUUACUUAGGGUUUAGAGAUAAUUAUCUAAAUUUCACUUGUUUUAUUUUGGCAAUUCGUCAGUUUAAAUGUAAAUUUCAAAGUUUUAAAUGUUUAUCUUCUUGUUA